AUGACCUUGUUCAGGAAUAUGAUGAAUGAAUGCAGGUGUUUCACCGAUCUAGUCAAGGAACAUUUCCGCGUUGUCAUGGAGCUCGCAACGCAAACCCUCAAUGACCGUCACAUAGACCGCUUUGCCAAGGAGCACGCAACGCAAACCCUCAAUGACCGUCACAUAGUACGCUUUGCCAAGGAGCUCGCAACGAGAUCUAGCCAAGGAACAAUUAAGUUCCGCUUUGCCAAGGAGCUCGCAACGCACACCUCAAUGACCGUCAUGUCGUCACAAAAGUGA